AUGAGGAAGAGAUAUAAAAAAAAAGUAAAAAAAACGGGGAAUUCGCCAUUAAGGAAUCAACGUAAACUAGAAGACAACAUAGAAGAGUUAAUGAAAAUGAUACAAAGCAUGGGUAACACAAUAAACGAAAUGUUCACUGAAAUUAAAAAAAAAAAAAAACGAGAAAGGAACAAAGAGAAUACAGGGAAGAAAUGCAAGAGCUUAGAGCGGAAAAUAAGAAACCAGAAGAAGAAAACAGAAAAAUCAACAAAAACAAAUCAAGAAGACAAGAAACAUACCAGAUUGAUCACGUAUCUACUGAUUCAAGAAAAACACUCUAGGUUAAUAACAUCAGUGAAAACGAGGGACCGACACAAAUUCAAACCACUUUUUGGCAAGAGCAAAGCUAAAGCAAUGGAAAGGGGAAGACAAAGAAUACAGGAGGAAUUACUAAGCGACGAUGAAGGAAAAUUAAGAAGAUGGAAACAGUACUUCGAACAAAUAUUAAAUAUCGAAAUCAGAGAAGAACAAAAACCAGUACCAAAAAAAGAACUUUAA